AUGAUGAACAUUCCUAAAAUCCUCUGGAUUUCUUUUAAGAAGUGUGCCAAGCACCAGCCUCGGAAAGUGACGUGGUACAAGAAAGACAAGGAUUCUCUGUUUACCCUGGGAAAGCAGCAGGGUGCUUAUGACAGGAAGCAUAAUGACUGUGGUGGGCAGACUAAGCUGGUCUGUAAAAAGGCUGAAAGUACAAAUAUUGUGCUGACGCUUGAGCCCACCUACAGAUCUAAGAGAAUACUGGCUACUAAGAGAUGUAAGCAUUUUGAGCUGGGAAGAGAUAUGGAGAAAGGGUUCUAA